AUGAUACUUGCGGAUGAGGUAAAGCAGGCAGAGGGAAUGAAAGGAGAAGAGCUUCUCCAAAUAAUGAGAGGGUGUGUGGAGUUUGAAAUGGGUUACAUGGAGUUUGAGAGGGAUAACUCCAGUGGUGUACCUGCAUGGCUAAAGGUGUUGUGCAAUGCGGAAUUCUUUGAGCCUUGUAAGACCCACUUGGAGGCAAAGAAGAACGACUUGAAUUUCUUCUGCAUUGAUUGCCACUGUUCUAUGUGCUCACAUUGUCUUCAGCAUCACCUUGAGCACCAAUAUAUCCAAAUACGGAGGUAUAUGUACCAACAUGUCAUCAACGUACAAGACCUGCGGAAGCUUUUCAGAUGUUCAGGAAUACAGACAUUUCAAACUAACAGGGCCAAAGUAGUGCUUUUAGAAAAGAGGCCCAGUUCUCAACAACAAAGUGGUACUACAAGUUAUCGUUGUGUGAGCUGUGAAAGAACUCUCCAAGAUGCAGCACUCUAUUGUAGCAUUCGGUGCAAGGUUGCUGAAAUAUAUGGUGAUAAAACUCCAGUCAUGGUGGAUGAAAAUGGUGAAGGGGAGGAGACUACCAAAGAUGAGGAAAAGAGAGACACCAUUUCACCCUCAGAGAAGAAGGAGAAGAGACCUAACUCACGCAAGAGAAAGGGAUCACCCAGCAGGGCCCCUCAGUUUUGA